AAUCCCCAGUGUCGAUUUCUUAGACAUGAGUAAUUUUUACUGGAAAUAAAUUAUCCGAAUAUUAAAGGUUCCGGGGAAGAUUCAAAAAAGAAGUCCGUAGAGAUGUUUAGAAACGAUAAUCAAUUAUCUAAAAAUUAUAAUAUAAAAUUAGAGGAAGGAGGGAAAGAGAAGAAAAAAUAGAUAGAAGCUAAAAAUGCGUGGUUUUAGCAACCAACUAGAUUGAGUAGCAGAGCGAGUCACACGGAUCGUCCAGUGAUUUCUUUUCUGCAUGUUUAUCAUUAUAAAUACAUGCACGCCAUAUCUUCCCCUUUCUUUCUUACCCUUCCUCUCUUUUAUACAUCUCCCAUUUUAUUAAGGUACGUACUUCUCCAACAUUUCUUAUUGCAUCCAUUUACAUUACUUUACGAUUUAAUUUUCCCUUGGUUAUAGAUAUUUUAUAACCCUAGUUUAAAGAUUGUUUGAUCCCUCUUGUAAUUUUCAUGCAUUUUAAAUUAUUCUAUUUAAGUAAUUAUGAUGUUAUAUACUUCAUUGCUGAGGAAACAUUGUUUACAAUUUGCUUUCUUAUCAUCUUUAUGUUGAUUUCUGGUAGCUAAAUGUUUAUUGGUACUCUGAUUAUGACUUGUGAGAAUGAGCAUAUUGAGUUUGUUUAUAAAACUUGAAGAGAACAAUAAGAUACAUAUUUGUUAACAUUGAAUAAUUGAUAGAUUCAGCUGAGACAUGGAAACCUUUCUAUUCACCUCGGAGUCAGUGAACGAAGGGCAUCCCGACAAGAUUUGUGAUCAAGUGUCGGAUGCCAUCCUUGAUGCUUGCCUGCAACAAGAUCCCGAGAGCAAAGUUGCCUGUGAAACAUGUACAAAGACUGACAUGGUCAUGGUUUUUGGGGAAAUCACAACAAAGGCGAAAGUAGAUUAUGAGAAGAUAGUUCGCGAUACUUGUCGAGGCAUUGGGUUCACAUCAGCUGAUGUUGGCCUGGAUGCUGAUAAGUGCAAGGUCCUUGUCAACAUUGAGCAACAGAGCCCUGACAUUGCCCAGGGUGUUCAUGGGCAUCUGACAAGAAAACCCGAAGAAAUUGGAGCUGGAGACCAAGGGCACAUGUUUGGCUAUGCCACGGAUGAAACGCCUGAGCUCAUGCCUUUGACUCAUGUUCUUGCAACCAAGCUGGGAGCCAAGCUCACAGAAGUCAGAAAGAACAAAACUUGCAAAUGGCUCCGUCCGGAUGGCAAGACUCAAGUGACUGUCGAAUAUAAGAAUGAAAAUGGCGCUAUGGUUCCCCUUAGAGUCCACACUGUUCUCAUCUCAACUCAGCACGACGAGACUGUGACAAAUGAGCAGAUUUCUGCAGACCUGAAAGAGCAUGUGAUCAAACCUGUUAUCCCUGCUCAGUAUCUCGAUGACAAAACAAUUUUCCACCUUAAUCCAUCAGGUCGAUUUGUCAUUGGUGGUCCUCACGGUGAUGCUGGACUUACUGGUCGCAAGAUUAUAAUUGACACGUAUGGUGGCUGGGGGGCUCAUGGUGGAGGGGCUUUCUCAGGGAAGGACCCGACUAAAGUGGACAGGAGCGGUGCAUACAUUGUCAGGCAGGCAGCCAAGAGUGUGGUAGCUUCAGGUCUUGCACGCCGCUGUAUUGUGCAGGUUUCUUAUGCAAUUGGUGUUGCUGAACCACUCUCGGUGUAUGUGGACACUUACACGACAGGGAAGAUUUCAGACACUGAAAUUUUGGGUUUAAUUAAGGAAGCCUUUGACUUCAGGCCUGGAGUGAUUGCUGUCAAUCUUGACCUCACGAGAGGAGGGAACUUCAGGUACCAGAAAACGGCUGCUUAUGGGCAUUUUGGACGCGAUGACCCAGAUUUCACUUGGGAGACUGUAAAAAUGCUUAAGCCCAAAGCUUAAGAUCAGAAGAACAGGUUAGCGAGGCAAUAUUUCAAAAAUUGAUUCCAGUAGCUGUCCUGAGAGAAGAUAUUAGACAACUUGGUGAUCUCGGAUUGGGAAAUGGAAAUACAUACAUGUCUAUGCUCCUCCUUGUGGAGCCAAGUACUUGCAUUGUUACUCCUUCACCCUGAAGUCAUAGUGUUUAGUACCUUUUUCAUCUUUCUAUUGCAUACAGAACUGUGUUACAAUCAACUGCUGUUCUAUAUUUCUAUUGCUGAGGCCUUUAGGAAUUUGUAGUCAAUGAUCUGUAUCAGUUUUGAUAUUAUGAAACAUUUGCAAGUAUCACGGGGGGUUGAGUUUUUAGUUUAUUUAAAUUUGAAUGAAUUUCAUUAGAUUUAGCUUCUGAUAAUGUCCCUUGUUUAGAUUGUCCUCCCAGAGUCGCAGUUUUAUCUAUUCUUUACUACUUGGGAUGGAUAUAGGGGCAUUUAUUCAUCUGCAUUGUGCCCAACAAAACCAAUGCUGUUACCUACUGUAAGUUUAGAUCGUCAAGAAAGUUGUGAGGGUCAUGGCAUGGCUU